CGUCGCUUGACCCGAGCGCCAACAUCAGACACCUCUGCUGAUUAUAGAAUAGACCGUUUGGCGACCCAGCGGUCAACACUUUGCCACCCUCAACUUCUUUCCAUUCAGACUACGCCGACGGCAGCAUGCCUGUUUGCCAUUUUUACCAGAAAGGCAACUGCAAGUUCGGAGACAGAUGCAAAAACGAGCACCCGGGAAGCCAGCGUGAUGGCGGAAAUGCUUUCGGCGGUGGGAACAGGAGCGGCUUCAAUGCCUUCGGUGGUGGUGAUCGCUAUCGACCCUCAGGCGGAGGCGGAACAUUUGGAGGAAUCCGUACAGGCACUCCGCGCUUCAACCUAUCAAAGGAUGAGAUCAAGACCGACCUCACGGACCAGCGCCCAGUCUACCCGUUCUCAUGCUAUGGUGCAGGGCGCGAUGCGCCACGCCAGCUCAUAGAAGGCCCCAUGGAGAUCAGCCCUGAAGAAUUACGUGCUCGUUACUACUCACAACGCGAGUCAGGAAGCGAAGCUACAGGUCAACAAGAAGAGGCUCAACUUCAGGCUAAAGCAGAAGAGCAGGUGAAGUCUAUUUUGGGUGAUUUAGACGGUGCGAUCAAGUACAUUGAAGUUGGCGCAGAUGUCCACCCCAACAGGUUAGACAUAGCACAGGGCAAAGUUGAUCCAUCCAGCUCAGCAGUUGCACCAGCAUCGUCGAAUACGAAUCCCUUCUCGGGUGCUGCGGCAGCAAAUCCAUUCGGUGGUAACCAAGCACCGAGCGCUGCUCCGGCAAACCCUUUUGGCGGUGGUGCUCAGUCGCAAACUUCCACCUUCGGAAAGCCUGCGAAUCCAUUUGGUCAGCCAUCUGCGCUAGGCCAAGGCAAUUCAGCAUUCGGUCAAGCAUCGGCCUUGGGUGCAGGCAGUAGCUUCGGUAAACCGUCAUUGCCCGGAGCAUUCGGCCAGACCUCUGCUUUAGGUGGAGCUUCUGCCUUUGGCAAACCGUCUGCAUUUGGCCAGCAAUCGGCUUUUGGCCAACCUUCAGCACCGGGAACCACAUCUGCCUUUGGUCAGCCAUCUGUGCCAGCGUCAACGCCUGCUUUCGGGCGGACAGCGACGCCAGCAGCACCUUCGGCUUUCGGGCAGGUUUCUCAACCAGUUCAGACCUCUGCAUUUGGGCAACCUUCUCAACCUGGCCAAACUUCUGCGUUCGGCCAACCUGCUCAACCAGCAGCACCCUCGGCUUUCGGGCAGGCUUCUCGGCCAGGCCAGACUUCGGCAUUUGGCCAACCUUCAGCAUCCGGCCAGGCUUCUGCAUUUGGUCAGCCUUCAGCUCCCGGCCAGACUUCCGCCUUCGGGAAACCGGCAUUCGGACAGUCAGGUUUCGGGCAGACCUCACAACCAGGCGCUGCAGCGAGUCCAUUCAGCCAGGCAGCGCAGACCGGUCAGGCACAACAAGCUAAAAAUCCAUUUGGCGGGACUCAAACGCAGACCGAUCCAGCACCAGCAAACCCAUUCGGCGGUUCAUCUGCGCCGCAAACCUCCGCAUUUGGACAGCCAGGUGGAUUGGCGAAGCCUUCGCCAUUCGCUACUGCUGCUGCAGCACAGAGCACGACGACCACAGCGCCGAAGCCCAACCCCUUCGCCGCCGCAGCGCAGAACACGACACCUGCUGCCCCGGCUUUUGGAACUCCAAGUCAACCCGCCAACCCAUUCGCGCAAGCUGCAUCACAACAAGCACCUGCGCAAGCCUCCCUAGGUGGACAGCCAGCUGUGGCUCCUAACGCCGAUCCGUACAAAGAGGGCAAGCCGGAGGACUACGAGGGCGAGCAGGGCCAGAGGCUACUGCAGAUAUACCAACGCGUUGCACAAACCGGCGUCUUCGAUCCCAACGAAGAUAUCCCGCUCGUCCCUCCGAAAUCCGAGUGGGUUGUGGCUGUUUAAUGCUUCAAUAGAAAUGUAAGAUGGUAUUGCUGAGAGGCGCAUAUGGAGUUAGUAGCCUCAGGGUUAAGUGGGUUUGCGAGGGAUGUCAUUUUAGUAGAGCAUGCCCUAUCAUAUAGUUCUUCGGCGGCAUAAAGCCACUUAGACAAGUAACGUCAUAGCAUUUGCACCUCUCUUGGUAUCGUCUAGCGAUUUCGAUGGCGUGGCUUCCCUCAAAUACUUCGCGC